GUCCCUUUCUGCCCCUUUCUUCUCCGCCUGGUGUCGGCGAGCGCGUGUCGUCGGCUUCCGCAGCCAGGAUGAAGAACUAUAAAGCGAUUGGCAAAAUAGGAGAGGGAACGUUUUCUGAAGUUAUGAAGAUGCAGAGCCUGAGAGACGGAAGCUACUACGCUUGUAAGCAAAUGAAACAGCACUUUGAGAGUAUCGAGCAAGUGAACAAUCUACGGGAGAUACAAGCACUGAGACGCCUGAAUCCACACCCGAACAUCCUUACGCUGCACGAGGUGGUUUUUGACAGAAAAUCUGGUUCUCUUGCACUAAUAUGUGAACUUAUGGACAUGAAUAUUUAUGAGCUAAUACGAGGGAGAAGACACCCGUUACCGGAGAAGAAAAUUAUGCGCUAUAUGUACCAGUUAUGUAAAUCCCUGGAUCACAUGCACAGAAAUGGAAUAUUUCACAGAGAUAUAAAACCAGAAAACAUAUUAAUAAAGCAGGACGUCCUGAAAUUAGGGGACUUUGGGUCCUGCCGGAGCGUCUACUCCAAGCAACCGUACACAGAGUACAUCUCCACCCGCUGGUACCGCGCCCCCGAGUGUCUCCUCACCGACGGGUUCUACACCUACAAGAUGGACCUGUGGAGCGCCGGCUGCGUGUUCUACGAGAUCGCCAGUCUGCAGCCCCUCUUCCCCGGAGCCAACGAGCUGGACCAGAUCUCAAAAAUCCACGACAUCAUCGGCACGCCUGCUGAGAAGACCCUCACCAAGUUCAAACAGUCGAGAGCUAUGAGUUUUGAUUUUCCUUUUAAAAAGGGAUCAGGAAUACCUCUCCUGACAGCCACUCUGUCCUCGAAAUGCCUCUCCCUCCUGCACUCAAUGGUGGCCUACGACCCCGACGACAGAAUCACCGCCCACCAGGCCCUGCAGCACCCCUCCUUCCAGGACCAGAGGGCAGCUGAGAAGCAGGCCCUGGGCAGCCACAGGAAGGCUGUCUUUCCAGAAUGCGCCGUGGCUCCAGACCUGCUCAGUAACGCCUGGCAGGUUUCAAAGGAGGGCAGGAAACAGAAACAGUCCCUAAAGCGAGAGGAGGGCCUUCCGGCGCGACGAGGAGCGGCCUGCCUGACCGAACUGCCCAAACUGAAGCUCUCGGGAGGGACGUACUCCAGCCCCGCGCUGCACUCCGUGCUCGGACCGGGAGCGAACAGGAGAGGCCCGGUGCUGAGGCCCCUGAAGCGUGUCGGCGCCAGCCGGAAGGCAGACCCGCAGAAGGACGCGAAGCCUAACGUGAAACACUGUCGUCUGCCCGCCAUAGAACGGAGAGGAGGAGGGUGCUGAGCAGCGCGUGCCGGUCACCUGCUUGGGGCGCGGGAGCGCGUGCGGCUGGGCCCCGCCGGGACCACCUCUGCGCCUCGGAUGGAGGCCUCCGGGGAGAGCCCCGACCUCCGCCCGGGGCCUGGCGCCCGGAGAGCAGUGCCCGCGGCCCCCCGCCUGCCGGGACCUGCAUCCAGAGAGCGGCUGUGCUGUGUCCCAGCCGAACACGUUGUAAAACCACCUCUUUCGGAGGUUUUAUUUCAUUUUUGUAACGUAAGAAUUGGGGGUAGAGAAUAUUUUGUAAUUUUUUACCUGAAUCCAAAGAGAAAUCAGAAUUUAUAUUGUGUGUUUAGGCUUGGCGUCACCGCAGGCCCUGUGCUGUGCCCCCUUUAGGGCAUCACCGAUGGCCUACGUUACAGCGCACAGGCUGUGCCGUCGGAGCUUUAUUAAAGAAUGAGUUAUCGUUACAAUA